AUGUCCAACGCGAAGAAGCACAUCACGCGCUUCAUUCGUCAAUGGGUUCAGUCCACGCUCCUCUACCUCGAAGUUGAUGCCACCGGCCUUGGACAGGCUCCUCGCCAGCCCCUCGGCCCUGCGACUGCUGCGAUCCAUUGUCACCGCCUCCGAGCUAGACGUUCCUACACGCAAGACCAUGGAGUGUCGGUGAGCCGCAAAUGGCGGCGGUGGAACGAGCAGAAGGCGGUUGUCAGCGAUCGAGAGAACGUCCUCAGGGCGUUGCUCGACGACGACGUCCCUGUGAAGAUUGAACACGCACCAGCAGCAGAUCCCGCAGAAACACUCGAUGCUGCUCAUGACGAAAUCGAAGAACCAGCCGAGGACCGUGACGAGGCAUGGGCUUCCAGACUCGCCCAUCACGAGCGUACCGACGGCCUGCGAGGCAUCCAAGCCAUAUGGAACGCCCGGCGCAAGGAAGGAUACAACCUCCCAACCAGCAACACGACCAACGCUCAAUUUUUGUGGGGGACCUUCGCUAGGCACCCGAAGCUCGUGCCGUAUAUCAUAGACCACGCGGUCGAGCUGCAGCAGGAGAUGGGGGAGACGUAUCCGCGCGUAUACAAUUUGGUCAUGGCUCACUGGCUGGUGCGGAAGCCAACAGAUGCUCUGGAGUAUCACCACCAGAUGCUAGUCAAGCUGCGUCUGAGAAAGCUACCACUGAGGGAGCUGGCAUGCGCCGUACGGAAUUAUGGGCACACGGCGCAGGAAGCACUGUUGUACAUCUACCGUAACAGCAACGAGCGCGACCUGUACGACGAGAUCGUACCUCGUCUUGUCGAGGCCGGGAACACUGGCAUGGCCCGUCGAUGGCACAACCUCUGCACGUUUCGAGGCGACCUACCCUCCAGCUCCUUCGCCGCCCACCCUGCUGUUCAGAUCUUCACCGCCGAAUCCUCUGCACUCGCCAAUCCGAACGUCCACUUCGACAAGUCCAAACGUGAGAAUCCAAAGCUCAACAAAGACCUUAUGCGACGGCUGCUCGGGCGCGACACUGCACCUGUGCGUUUCGAAGACUCCUUCACAGCGCGCAUGUUCGCAACGAGAACCCUCCAGAUUGAGUCCAUAAUCAAGGGAUUGACAAUGGUGGGCGUAAACGAGAUUGGUCCACAGGCAGUUUCAGCCAUGGUUUGGCGGACGCAGCCCAUUACAGAUCUCCCUCGACGUUUCGCAGAGCUCCGGGCUGCAGGCAUUGCACUGCAAGGCAGCGUCUUCUCUCUUGCAUUGGAGAAAUUCGCCAUGGAGCAAAAGUGGGAUCUGGUGCGUAGCAUGCUGGAGAGCGAUCAACACCCAGAUGUCUAUGGAGAUGUAGAUACACAACGCUCGCUGCUGACCUACUACCUGGAUCAGAAAGACUUGAGACAGGCCCAGCGCACGCUUGCCAUUCUGACGCUCUUCUACAACGACGCAAGCCGGGAAUCUUGGAACCUACUUUUGCAGCUGCGCAUCAGGCACUCCGGCCCGCAAGAGGUAUUCAACACACUUCUUGAAAUGCGCAGCCACGGAACAACGCUAUCCAGUACCACCAUUGCUUCCGUCAGGGAUAUGCUAGUACGACGGCAGCGUGGCCACCGACCAUCUCCUCGUCGCGGCUUCGAUGACUUGCGAUUCGUCACCCGCUUCUACGUCACUGCCCUCGAAGCCGGCAUGGCACGCAUUCCACCUGAAAGCUGGUACGAGAUCAUCCGGCGCUUCGGUAUGCAAAGCCGUUUUCGUGAGCUAAAACGUCUUCUUUUGUGGCUAUUGUGCUGGUAUGCACCUCGCCGCAACUCUGAGUUCCCUGACCUCCCGCGGUCUCCCUUCUUUGAUGACGCUACGACCAAGCUGCGACGUCUGUACCCAACCAACAGACAACACUACUACAAUUUUCCUUCCGGCGUAAAGCAGGAAGAUUCCGACCGUCAUCCAAUCCGUAAACUGUUCCCACCGUCACUACAACAAGGUAUCGUUGUCUGGGGCUUCCGCGCCAGUCUGCUUCGCACGGCACCGCUCGAGCAGUCUAUCCUCGGGACAAUCGCAGCGAAGCACCACCAUCGGCGCAGCCUGCUCAGGAAAGGCAUCAUUAAACGUCUGAACUGGAACACUGGCCUUAGACUGCUUGUUCAACUGCGCGACCUAGGGCUGCACGUGCAUCGUCACACUGUUACCAAGGUCUUGCAAGCGCAGUUUGUCAACCUCUUUGGCCACGGCCACUCAAGGCUCAAAUCCAACCGCAUCAUGGAGCAGACAAACACCACCCCAUACGCCAAAUACGUGCGCGAAGCCAACGAGAUCUGGGGCAGUCCGCUGCUCACCGAGCCGCAGAACCUCGGGUUCGGGAAGCUGGACGCCCAUCUGUGGCACCCACGGUUCAAGAGGAGAGUCGCCAGGAAAGACGAAGUCAGCCUCAAGCAGGCUAUGCGCGAGCAGUGGGAGCAUGGGUACGAAGCCGUAAAAGAGGUCGAGGUCGAGACCGAGCAUCAACCAAAAAAAGAGCACAACCCUGCGCUCGACGAGUUGAGGAAAGUGGCUGAAGCGCACGCAAAGGCGAAGAAACGGUGA